UUACAUUACUUUAUAAUAACAGCUGAUGAAAGUCGAUCAAACAACAAUCAUAAUAAGAAUGUAUAUAAUAGUAAUAGUAAUGAUAAUAAUAAUAAGAAUAAUAAAUGUAUUAUUAUAGAAGAAAUCCUGAUUAGUACAUUUGUAUGUGAUUUAAUGUUUCUUUAUGAUUAUUAUACACCGAAAAAUACAUCAAAGACUUCACUUAUAUUAAAUAUCUUAAAUGAAAAUCAAUAUUUUCAAAUUAUUGAUAAUCAUCAAUUAGUAACAAGAGGACGUAUUGAUCGUGAACAUUAUGUAUUUGAAAAAUUAUGCCAAAAUAUUCAAAAGAAUAAUAAUAUGAUAAUGAAUUUUGAUGAGGAUUAUUCCUUAUUAAAUGAAGAUCUUACUGAUGAUCCAUCACAAAUUGACUGUACAAUUAUUUUAGAAUUUGCAUUAAUCAGUCAAAAUCGUACAUUUAAGCCAAUUUUAAUCAAUAUUCCUGUAUAUAUUCAAGAUAUUAACGAUAAUAUACCACGUUUUGAUCAAUAUACAAGUGGAUUAAAACUUGAAAUAAGUGAAGAUGUAUCAACAAUUGAUCACUAUUAUGUAUCAUCUAUGUUAUCAUCAUUAUCAGCACCACAAUCAUCAGUGCCACCAUAUUUGGUGCCAUAUUUGACUACAGAAAGUCCCUUAAUUCACAAUAGCGGUAGUAGUAGUAGUAGUAGUGGUGGUGGUGGUGUUAAAAAGCGUGAAAUUGCUAUUUUACCCUUGGCAAAAGAUUUCGAUUAUGGAUUAAAUGGUACUGUAGCUUAUAAAUUAGAGGGUCCGGAUGCUGAAUAUUUCGAAUUAUUAAACCAUACAACAGAUUCCCGAAUUUCUAACUCAUAUGAUUCUAAACCUAAAACUAUUAAAUCCUUACAUCUUAUAAGUCGUUUCACUUUAGAUCGUGAACGUAAAUCCGAGUAUCGAUUAAUCCUAUUAGCUUAUGAUCAAUCUGAACAGUUUAAAUUACGUAAUACAGCUCAAUUACCAAUUAGCAUUUAUAUUAAAGAAGUGAAUGAAUAUGCACCCAAAUUCAAUUUCGGCAUUAAUAUUACUAAUCAACAAGGUAAUACUAUUCGACAACAACUAUCGAACAUUGAUCACACAUUUAUUGGACAUUCUAAUCGAUUUCAUCCACAAGUACAAAUUAAAUCAUUUUCAUAUGAUUCCAAAUUGAUUGUAGGUGAACAACAAAACCAAGACCGGGUCGAAGAUAACAAUCAUAUUAAAUUACCAGAUUCUAAUUAUUUAAUUCUUGGAUUACCUGAAGAUAUUAAUGUUGGGAGUCGAAUCUAUCGUGUACAAGCAAUUGAUUUCGAUUCAAUUGAUUUCUCUACGAUUAAUAAUCCAUACCAAUCUUAUCAAUCAACACAUCCUAGAAUUACUGUACAUUAUUUUAUUGCACAAGAAACUGAUCUAGGAGUUAAACAUUAUUUCCGUUUAGGGAAAGAAGAUGGUUGGAUAAUAUUGAUACAACGAUUAGAUUAUGAAUCUGGUCCACGUAAUUAUAUAUUGCCUAUUGUGGCAAUUGACUUUGGACGUCCACAAUUAAGUAGCACAUUAACACUUACUAUACAAGUAUUAGAUGUCAAUGAUGAAGCUCCGAGUAUUACUAUACGUGGUAUUGAAUCGACUAAUAUAAAUCAUAAUAAUUAUCAACGUACAAUUGGACAUUCAACAAUGGACAGUUUUAAUCCUACUCAUUUUCAAAUAUUAGCUGUAAGAGAAAAUUCUCCUAUUGGUACUUUUAUCGCAAAGGUGUCUGCUAGAGAUCGAGAUACAGGUGCUUCAGGAGAAGUGGAAUGCUACUUAAGUGAAGCAGAUAACUUUGGUCGAAGAACUCAGGAAUCUGGUAGUUCACUUGAAUCGGAUUAUUUAAAAGGUCUUCAAAAUUUUGCGUUACAUCAUGUUGAAGAUGAUUCAAUUCAUUCAGCCACUAUUUCAAACAACAUUGAACCAACAGUAUCAUCCAGUUAUAUUCAACACAAACAGUCCAAUGUAUUAGGACGUCAUGAUACUGAGUACAUACUUAUGACAAAGACAAUUUUAAAUAGAGAAGUUAAAAAUUCCUAUUUUAUUUAUCUUACAUGUCAUGAUCAUGUUGAAAAAAAGUCAUACUUAAGUUAUUCUUUACAAACCAAUAACAACAUGCCUUCAUCAACUUCAACAAAACGUCUUUCUUCAACAAAAUUAUUAAAAAUCAAUAUUUUAGAUGAAAAUGACAAUGGACCACAAUUUGAUCGUUUACGUUAUGAAGUGAAAAUCUUAGAAAAUUCCAUUGAAAAUACUGAAUUAAUUAAAUUAAAUGCAAUUGAUAAAGAUGAAGAAAGUCAUAUAGGCUAUCGAUUUGUUCAAAUCACUGAUCAAUUUAUACAAAAUUAUACAGAUUUUAAUUUAAGCACAAUUUAUGCACAUUUUAAAAUUGAUUCAAAAUCUGGUAAAAUUAAAACAACGAAUAUACCAUUAGAUAGAGAAAUUAAAGAUUCAAUGAUAAUACCUGUUAUAGCAUAUGAUGAUGAAUUUCCAAGUAGAACAUCACAUGCAUGGAUACAUGUGGAAAUAGAAGAUGUGAAUGAUAAUAUACCAAAAUUAAUAGGGAAUACAACCUUUUGGAUAGAUGAAGAAGAUACAACUAUGGAACAUUUGAUCAAUGGUGGUAAUCAUAAUCGAAGUAGUAGUAGUACAACUUUAGGUACAAGACAAUAUCAUUCAACAAAUCAUCACAUAUUUAUUGGAUGUUUAAAUGGUGAAGAUUAUGAUAUUGGAGAAAAUGGAAAAAUCAUUUUUAAAUUAGCCUAUGAAAAUCAAUAUAAUAUGAAUAGUCCAAAAUGGUUUUUACGUUCAGAUGGUAAUCUAUUUGUUCAAUCAAUUAAAAUGUACAAUAAUGGAAAUAUUGAUAAUAAUAAUAAUCAUUAUUAUUUAGAUCGGGAAAAAACACCAUUUUAUGAAAUACCAAUUAUAAUUAGUGAUUUAGGUAAAAAUCCUACUUUAUCUUCAACAGUAACCAUUACAAUUAGUUUAAGAGAUGUGAAUGAUAAUUCACCAAAAUUUAUAAAACCAUCAUAUAAUAAUAAUUUAAAUCUAAGUCAUAUUCUUGUUGAUCAUGAUCCUAUUCGAUCAACUUUAAAUGAUCUUAAUUUAAAAACAUUAAAUAUACCAAUUGAACGAAUUAAUAUAUACAAUAUAGAUAAUACAAAUCCUGGUACAUUAAUUUAUACAGUUCAUGCAAUUGAUUUAGAUGAUGGUGAUAAUGGUAAAAUUAUAUAUAAACUUGAAGUAUAUAAAGGUUAUUGGCAAUUAUCAUAUAAUUUAUAUCAAUCAUUCAAUAAUAUCAAUCAUCAUCAUAAUCAAUCAUUAAAUGAUUAUUUUAUUAUUGAUCAAAUUUCUGGUGAAAUACGAAUUAAUCAAUUAAUUACUAAUGAAAAUUUACAAAAAAUACCUAAAAAUUUAAUUAUUUUAGCUGAAGAUUGUGGUAUACCAUCAAGACGAAAUUAUGCUUUAUUAUAUAUUGAUUUUAUAAAUAAAAAACAAAAUAAACAAAUCAUAAAUAAUCAUAAUUAUUAUCAUGAUAUUAAUCAUAAAAAUAUUAAAAAAAAUAACUUAGAUACUAUUGAUCAAUUAAUUAAUUCAACUAAUUUAAAUGAGUAUCCUAAAAAUCAAUAUAUGGGAUUUUAUUCAAAUAAGAAUAUUAAUAUCCAUGGUAACAAUAAUAAUCCACAACAAAUAAAUCAUCCUCCUCAUCAUCAUCAAUCAAAUUUAUUAUCUACAUCCAAAAUGAAAUAUACUCAAUUAAUGAAUAAGAAAUUAUCAUUUAAAUCACCAUCAUUAAGUCAAUUACAAAAUAAUAAUAAUAAUAAUAAUAAUAAUGAUAAUGAAUUAGAAAAAUUAAUACCAAUUUAUGAAAAUUCUAUAAAUACUGAACCAAUGGAAAUUAUUAAUCCAUAUCAAAAUAGUACAGAAUUAAUUACUGGUUUAGGUAUUGGAUUAGUAAUUAUUAUUUUAGUAUGUUUAUUAUUAUUAAUAACUUAUGCUUUACAUGGUGUACAAACGAUUCGAUUAAAUAGAAAUAGACUUCAUAUUGAUCGUCAUAAGUUACAUAAUAACACUAUGAAACAAUAUCAAUAUAAAAGUGAUAAAAGCAACAAUAACAAUCACAACAUAAACAAUCAAGUCGAUGGAAAAAACAACGAUCAUACCAGUAAAUGGAAACAUUUCUGUAAUGUUAUACAAUUGAUCAUCAACCGUACUCGUCCAUUGAAUAAUGAAACAAUGCCGAAAAGUAUUAAGACCGUGAACUCUUCAAAAUCAUAUGCAUUAAAUCAAGAUAAAAAUAAAUCAUAUAAUGUACUUGGUAUGACAAUGGAUAUACCAUUUUCUAAUGAUUGGGAAAGUGUUCAUAGUGAAUUUAAUCCAACCAAUUCAAAUCAAAAACAGAUUAGUAAUGAUAAAAAGCUUAAUUAUGUUAACAAAACUAUGAAUCAUCAAUGUAUCUAUCCACAAAUAAGCACAUUUGUACCUGUAAUGAAUUCUGUUGAAAUGGAUACAGUGUGUAAACAUGACACUUGUGAAAUUUCACCUAAUGAUACCAUUAAUACUGUUGGUAAUACAAUUACUACCAAACAUAAUCAACUUUUACAAACAAAUAUUUCACAAGAUGAAUCACAACCAGAAUUACAUAAUAGUAGUGAUGGUAAUAGUAGUAAUAAUAAUAAUAAUAAUGAACCUAACAGUAAUUGUUAUCCACGUAUUUAUACUGUUUGUACAAACGGUAUUCUACCAAUAUCAGAUUAUAUGACAUUAAAUCUUCCAGAUAAUCAUAGUCAUUAUGUUAAACAUUUGAUACCGUCAAAUUGUCAUUUCUUAACAAAUAAUAUAGACUUUCAUAGAUCCAAUAUGACUGUACCAAAAGUUUCAUUUCCGCAUAAUGAUGAUAUUUAUCUUCAUCAUCAUCAUCAUCAUCAACAUCAACAACAACAUCAUGAGUCAUUAAUGAAUACAUCAAAUGAAUUACAUAAUCAAUCUCAUCUUCUUACUCAAACUCCUGUAACCUAUUCUUUUUCAUCAUCAUCAUCAUCUUCAUUGAAUUAUUGUACUUCACCAGGACAAUAUUGUCGAAUACCAUCAACAAUAAAUAAUAGUAAUAAAUUAUCAAAUUCAUUAAAAAAUUGUAUAAAACAACAUGUUAUGCUAAAUAGAUCAAAUGAUAAAAAUCAAAUGAAUAUUGUGAAAAGUACAGAACAAAUAAAUAAAAUGUUAAAUAAUAAUAAUAUAAAUCAACAAAAUAUUCCAGAGGAUUCUUUCAAAGCGAAUUCCUUGAAAUCGGGCAGUUUUGUAUAACAACAGUAAUAAUAAUAAUAAUAAUAAUAAUAAUAAUAAUAAUAAUAAUAAGUAUUAUUAUGAUCAUGAUUACCCUGUCAUUACAGUUUUUCUCUAUGAACAUAUUCACUAUUGUUUUCCAUUAUUUUAAUCUAAUGUUUAAUCAUAUUCAUUGAGUUAAGGUAAAAGAAAAAGAACAAAUAAACAACCGCUUAAAUAUUUCAAUAUUCAAUGUAUCAACAGGGUUUUUUAAUUGUUUUGUUUUAUUUACCUUCUUCUAUUCGUCCUUCAUUAAGCACAAGAAAUGUAUUCUUUUCAAUCACUUUCCUCAUUAUCUUUAAUAUAUCGAAUGGAAAUAUAUAUAUAUGUAUGUGUUUGUCCGUUAGCUCGCUGUUUUUUUGUUUUUUUGAUCAUGGCAUUCAUAACGUUGUAUUAUUUAAAUGAUAAACAUUUUGAAAUAGGUUUCUUUGUAAAUGGAAUUCUCAGCAAUAAUAUGAAUACUAUAACCUGUUCGUGUUUUGUUUUUGAUGGAGUUUU